AUGGACAGAGGGAGCACUAGAGAGCGAGCCCGCGCCACCUCCACCCUCGGCGCGGAGAACCGGCCCGCCCCACUCGCCUCCAGCGCGCGGCUGGGCGGUCGGGGCCGAGGAGCGGGACCCCGGGGCGCUCCAACUCGGGCGAGGGCAGGGAGGGGAGUGUCGGCAACAACCCCUCAGCGCGCCGGCGAAGGCACGGAUCUCCGAAUAGGCUGCGCCGCGGACGCGGAGGGGUGGAGGCGAGACGGGCGGAGGAGUUGCGGGGCCGGGAGGGAUGACGUCCUUCGGAGCCCGGGUCUCUCAGAGACUGAAGGUUCGUGCGCUCGCCGGACCCGCGCGCUCACUCCCGGGGUUCGCAGAGGCGCCGCGCCCGGCUCCCGCUGCGGCUCCCGAACGGCGCGCACGGGGGCGAUCCCGGCCCGCGGCAAGCAGGGUGCCCGCCCUCCUACCACCGCUGAGCCCCUCUCUGUCUAUCCCUCGCCGCAGGUGCCCAACCGGGAGUCUCUGCGCAUUCCAGGUGAUUCCGGGCAAGCAGCCCCCGGCCGGGCCAGCCUCACCCCCUGCCUCGCCUUCUCCCUCCUCGACCUCGAGCCAAGGGCAGGCGCCCGCGCCGCGGCCCCUGCACACCGCACGAGCCAGCGUCCCGGCCUGCGCCCGGCUGGGAAGAGGGAUGGGAUACGGGAAGGAAAGGCGCUCACCUGGGUCACCGGGAGUGUCCCUCUCCGGCCCCUCCCGGAGCCUGUUCGCCGCUCCCCGGCACAACCUUCCUCGAAGAAAAAAAGUAGAGAAGGGCAGAGAGGUGGGGCUGCUCAGGGGUCCCUGCGCAGCGGCUUUUUCCUGCGGAUUCUCCCGCGUCUGAUCUCCGGCUCGGUGGCGGGAAAGGGCUCUCGGAGGCCGGAAGGGGCCGCCAGACCCGGGCCCUCUCGCGGCGGCGGCGGCACCUCCAACUUGCCACCUGCAGCGCGCGCGGGGCGCCUGUGA